AAAGUCGCGCAAAUGUUGUCGCUCAAAUCUGGUAAUGUCAGAGAACUCCUUGAUAAAACAAAAACUUUUGUUUAAAAUUCUAAAUAGCGUGUGAAAAUGGACGGAGAAAAUGAUCUGGAGGAACAAUUAACAAGUUAUCACAUUUGCAAACUGCCUACAGACUCUCAAGAUGUUCCCCUUAAGUUGGAACCUCCAGAAGAACAGAAAGACUACCCUCCGGCUAAGAAGAAGAGAGAUAGUCCGAGAAAUGGGAUUCCUGCUCAGACUGCCCAAGCAUCCUACAAGGACAAAUCUUGCUUUAGACUCGAAGUCUUUACAGUGGAGAGUGCUAAACAGGUACCCCAAGAGAUACUCGGUGAUGUGCCUGCGCCAGAGCCAACAAGAACAGCAGAACAGCUUCCGGGAGCUUAUAGAGGACAACAGCUGAUGAAUUCUGGAAAUUCUUUGGCAAGUAGCAGCAGAAAUAGUCAAGACAACACUUCGACAGUGAAUGUGGGAAAUUCAAGCACCAAGAUGUGGUAUCAGCUGCCAGCAGAGGAAGUCCAUGAAAGUCUUCCGGUUUCACAGUUGACAUCGUUGACACCCACAAGAGUCUCUUCAAGAUCCACCAAGGGUCAAGCCCCUCUGAGGCUUUUAGACCUUCCAGACAAGAAUGAAGCUCCUAUGCGAGUGCUUCAGCCGCCACCUAAUCCAAUGUCCCAAAUAUUUCCGCCCAAUUCUCGACGGAAACAGAAUAUUAUCACAUCUCCUCCAGUGGCCUGCAUAAAAAUUGAAGAUGACGAUGAUGACGUCUGUAUAGUUAAUACCCAGCCUCCUACACAACCUCCUCCUCCUCCGCCACCUCAGCAGCCUCCAGCUCCAAAAGUCCAGCCAAUAAUUGAAGCCCGGCACGUCAUAAAACUCGUCACAAGUGUGCCUGUUGCAAAGUACCCGUGUGAGUUUUGUGGAGCAAAGUUCGAGCUGUGGAAUCAGAGGGAUUCCCACAUGGGUAAUGUUCAUCGGAUUGGAGGAGUCUUCGUCUGUUUUGUUUGUCAGAAAGCCGCACGGGAGUUUUAUAUUAGAGAAGAAGCGAUUUUUCAAACACCCCACUAUCAUUUGCUACAGGCUCAUCUGGCAGAAUCGCAUAAGAUCACAGGACAACCAAGAGGAUUUCAGUGUCCUUAUUGUGUUAUUCAUCCGGCAAAUUACGAGGCACUCGUUAAACAUUUGACUGCUGAUCAUGAUACUGCAGCUUUGAUGAACUCUUACGUAUUGGUGAACGUUUUGGAGGAUCGUAUCGAGGGAUGAAUGAAAUAAAAAUAAGUAUAAGAGAAA